CUGGAGAGCAUCGAGAAGAUGCUGGAGGACCUCAGGAUUCCUGAAGUACCAGCUGGGACUGACAAAAGCUCAGACGGUGUGAGGCUCGUAAUGAUUGGAAAAACCGGAGUGGGGAAGAGCGCGACAGGAAACACCAUCCUGGGACGUGUUGUGUUUCAGUCCGAGGGUUGCAUGAGUUCUGUGACGAAGAAGUGCCAAAGAGAGAGCGGAGUGGUCUGUGGACGACACGUGACUGUGGUGGACACGCCAGGACUUUUCGACACAACCCUCACAAAUAAGGAGAUCCAGCAGGAGAUCAUAAGAUGUAUUGAGCUGUCUGCUCCUGGACCUCACGUGCUUCUGCUGGUGAUCGCUGUUGGCCCGUUCACACAAGAAGAGAGAGAAACCCUUGAGCUCAUCAAGAUGACAUUCGGACAGCAAGCCCAGACCUACACUAUAGUUGUAUUCACACGAGGAGACAACCUCAGUAAAAGUAUCGAAGACUACCUUAAGGAAGGUAAUUCACAUGUCACGAAACUGAUCGAUGACUGUGGAGGAAGAUAUCACGUGUUAAAUAACAAAGAGAAAAGUGAUGCUCAGGUCACUAGUCUACUAAAGAAGAUUGAUAUGAUGGUGUCGAAUAAUGGAGGCACUUUCUACAACAACUUAAAUUUCCAGGAGGCCGUGAAGGCUGUCAGUCAAAUUCAACUGUACAAGGAGAAAGUGGAGGAGAUCAAACGAGAGAAGGAGGACAUUCAAGAGAAAUACGAGUCUCAAAUUAAAGAAUACAAAGACAAACUAGAGGAGGAAAAAGCAAAAGGAACUCUUAGAUCUGAAAAAAAUACCAAACCAUUCAGAAAACAAAAGAAAGCAAAAAAUACUGUGUACGGAGCCUCAGGACUAACAGUAGAUUUUGCAAAAUUGCAAUAUAAACCCCAUUAUAUAGAGCAGAUAGGAGCCACAGGAGGAGAACCUGGUGGAAAAUUGACAGGUUUUCUAAAGUUGAAAAAAAGCAAAGGCCAAAGAUUAACGUGGAUCAAUAUGAAAAAGAAGAAGAAAACAGAGAAACAAUAA